UAUGCGUACAAACACAGUUAUACACGAGUCAAAUGCCUCAUUAAUAAUUAUUAAUAACUUAGGUGAGUGCGUUAUUAAAGUUCUGAUAGUAAUAACGAAUCUCAUAAUGUAAAAUUUUCGCAAAAAAAAAUGAAGAGGGCAUUCACCGAAAAGUGCGAGUUCUCAAUAAUUAAAUGCGAAGAUUAGCGUAAAGCGAAACAAGGGGCCUCGGCUGGCACAGCGCGGUCACUACCGCGACCAACAUGCGGCGCGCCGGACGCGCGGACACUUUCCUUUGCGUACGAUUGUUUUGCUUUUACGCGAGUAUAGCGAUCGCGGCGGCCAUCAAGUAUGGGGUGCCUAUUGAAAUCAAUCACUGGGAUACAGGACGCAGUCCACUCAAGCAAAUGGUGGACGUUACCAAUGAGUUUGGGUUGAAAGUUCUAGCGGAGCAUAACUUCUUGAACGACAAUAACAUAGCGUUCUCCCCGUACGGACUGAUGGGAAUAAUGGUGGCGCUGUACGAAGGGGUGGAUGGCGACUCCUCGUACGAGAUCCAGCGCGCCAUGCAGCUGCCCUGGAACAGGAAUGUUAUGCGAGUUGGCUUCAGGGAUAUACACCGUACGCUCAAAACAUAUUUCGUACCUGAAGAAGGAUUUCUAGCUGGCCUAGCUCUAAAUUCGGAAAAUGUUAUUUUCGAAGAAAAAUACACAGAGAUUUUGCGUUUCUAUGGAUUCGAUAUAGAAAGCGGUCAGACGACCACUCCCAUAAGCACUACUACAAAUGCUUCUGUGACCACCAGUCCAACAACCACAGAAAUUGAUAAAACAUCUACGACGACAUUAAGUACUGAGAACACUACCACCGAGAAACAGGAGACCACUACUAAUCCUACUGAAAUUACUACAACAGAAGUAACGCAAGAAACGACAACUAUGUCUACACAAAAGAUACCAACUUCUACAACAGAAAAAUCAACGACUUCACAAACAACCCAAGCAAACGUUACAAAUGGUACUACUUCUGCGACCACAGUCAGCAAUACAUCAACGACUCCUAACACAACAAUGUCGGAAAAUAUUAUAAGUACAACAGAAAGCAUGGCCACUGAAACAACGAAUGCCACAUCCGGGACAAGUACAUCCGCUUCUGGAACUACCACGCCUUCAACUAUAACUACAUCAUCAAAUGGAAGUACGGCAAACACCCAAAACACAUCUACCUCAGAAAGUGUUACGACAACGACUAUGGCAUUAUCCACAUCUGCAAGCACAGAGAAUAUGGAAAAUACAACCACCACUGAAAGUGCUACGCCUUCGACUGGAACUACAUCUUCGAAUGGAAGUGCGACAAACACCCAAAACAUAUCUACCUCUGAAAGUGUUACGACAACAACUAUGUCAUCAUCCACAUCUGCAAGCACAGAGAAUAUGGAAAAUACAACCACCACUGAAAGUGCUACGCCUUCGACUGGAACUACAUCAUCAAAUGGAAGUACGACAAACACCCAAAACAUAUCUACCUCUGAAAGUGUUACGACAACAACUAUGUCAUCAUCCACAUCUGCAAGCACAGAGAAUAUGGAAAAUAUAACCCCCGCUCAAAGUGCUACGCCUUCCACUGGAGCUACAUCAUCAAGUGGAACCACUCAAAAUUCAUCAACUUCAGAAAGUCCAGCGUCAUCAACAGAAACUUCUUCGUCAGGAAGUACAACAAACACGACUACGCCUGGAAGCGUCUCAACUUCAACUUCGACAACCCCUACAUCUGACACGACAACAGUUAUGCAGAACACGUCAAGCACAGAAACCGUCACACUUUCAACUGAAGCCGCCUCAUCAUCAGGAAGUACGACGAACAUGCAAAAUACAACCACCCCUAGCAAUGUAACGCCUUCCAAUGAAACUAUGUCAACAUCUGGAAACACAAUGAAUAAUACAGAAAGUAUAACAAAUCCAACACCUGUCAAUGGGUCGAUGUUGGGAACUGCGCGAAGAAAAAAGUCAAUCGUCGAUUAUCUUUUUACAAAUCCGUCAUACGUAGAAAAUUACCCAGUGUACAGGUCGUUCGACAUUGGCCCUGAUUUAUCGGACAUGGCUUACGGUGGAGACGAACAAGAGGUGUAUUUCGCCGACGACACAAAAAAGCUUCCGCCUUACGAGGGAUACAGCGGCAAUCAAAUGUUUCUGGCUAACGGAAUCAAAAACGUCGAGGUGACGUAUAUGAGUUACGACGCGACGCUGGAUCACGCGUACUUGCCGCACCUGGACGCGUCCGCGCUGCGGCUGCCGCUGGACAGCGAGCGAUACUACCUGCUGUUGGUGCUGCCGACGCGGCGGCGUGCGGGCGAGCUGGCGCGUCUCCUGGCCCGCAUGGCGCGCUCCUCAGAUCUCUCCGAUGUCUAUAACGCGCUGAGACCAAAGAGAGUGCGCGCCCUAGUGCCCAGCUUCUUCGUUAAAGGUCACAUCACACUAACCACUGAUCUGCAAAGGUUGGGCAUCAGAAACGUGUUCCAGCCGCGGCAGAAUGAUUUCACGCCGAUGACGUCACAGGCGGGUGUUUACGUGCGUAGCAUCGAGCAGGCAGUCUCCGUCGCCAUCAGGAAGUAUUCACCGGACGAAACUAAAAAAAUUGGGCACGCUGCGAACCGUCAACGAGCGUACUUCUCAGCAACUUAUCCUUUCCUGUACUUCGUUAUGGACGCGAAUAUAAACGUCGCUUUAAUGGCCGGCAAAUUAGUGGAUCCAUUAAAUUCUAGAAUAUUAUAGGUACUUAUUUAAAAUA